CAAACUCACAAAUUCACACACUCCACUCUUUUUUAUAAUUUCUCAUUCUUCCAUCACCGCCUCUAAAGAUUCCUCAAUCGGGAGAAACAUCGAUUGUUGAAGAUGUCAAGCUUCUGCUCGGAGUCCGCCACCAACGGCCACAAUUCCCACACCGAGAUCAUGCUUUGAGUCCGAGUCAAGUCGAUCCGAUGACAGGAAAGCGUCAGCAUGAACAAUCUCUCGCAGUACGAGCAGCCACAGGAGUCCUCCAAUGUUGCCGCCGCCGCCGCAGGUUACGCCUCCGCUGACGAGGCCGUUCACCACCACUCCUCCGGGAAUCGCGAGCGCAAACGUGGAGUUCCAUGGACAGAGGAAGAGCACAAGUUGUUCCUCUUAGGACUUAAAAAAGUAGGCAAAGGAGACUGGAGAGGAAUUUCAAGGAAUUUUGUGAAGACUCGUACUCCCACACAAGUCGCCAGCCACGCUCAGAAAUACUUUCUCCGGCGGAGCAACCUCAAUCGCCGUCGCCGUCGAUCUAGCCUCUUUGACAUCACCACCGAAUCGGUUAAUUCAAUCCCAAUGGAAGAAGAGAAAGUUCAUCAAGAAGGCAAAGCUCAGCCACUUCAGGCACCAACCCAACUACCUCCACCAGAAACUUCUAAUAUCAGUGGAUCUCAAGUGCUUCCCUUCCCCAUGACAGUCCAUCCUGUUUUAGUGCCGGUACAGAUUGAGAAUCCAAUGGAAAAACUAACCCUUGGACAAAUGGAUCAUCUACAUCGUGAGUCCGCAAUGCUCAUCCGUCCAAUUCCAGUUCUUCCCAUCCCCAAUGCAACGACAAUGGUGGAUCUUAACUUAAAUCAGAAAUCCAUGGAAGAUCCAGUGCCACUGUCUCUCAAUCUGUCACUAUCGUCCGAUCAGAAUCAGUUUUCAAGGCAUUCCGCAUUUCGGGUGAUGUCAAGCUUCAACAAUGGGGAUAGCAUUAUCAGUGUUGCAUGAGAAUGAUAUCACCGCAAAAAAGACCCCCCCCCC